AUGACCGAGUACACCGCAGUAAGUGUUGAGGAUGUUAACGUUACGACUCCUCCACCAUACAUGGACCCAGGAAAUGCGAAAGCCAAAAAGAAGAUCUCCGAAAUGCAUAAGGAAUCGGUGCAUUUCCACAAGCAAUGCCAACAUUGUGGAGCCAUCCCGAACAUGGUUCCAUUGAAGCAUGAACAAGUACAGAAACAGGUCACUGCGACGUUCUCUAUCUUCGUCGGACCAUUCGCCUUCAAACGCUCUCAAGAAGCAAAUUUUUCGUCGUUCUUCUCCACUGCCAAGAUUAUUCUCAUCAUGAGCUGCCUCAAAGGAUUCAAGAAGAUCGGAGACUCAGCCAAUGACAAAAAAAGUGGUGUCAUCAUUCAAAGCGGCAAAGCGCAGACUGCAAUUCAAAUCGACUUGCCGGACGACUUCCAGAAUCAUAAAAUUAUCGCUGCUCACCAGAAGCUGCAUAACGGAACAGGUCGCGAAAUUCAUUUUUUCAUAUUCACUAUUAUAAGCGUUGUUGUGCUUCUCUUGCUUUUCUUUACCAAUUACUAA